AUGCGCCUUACAAUCGAGGGCAACUACUGCCUCUGCCCCAAAAACGAUGGCGCAAAGCGGGUCCUCGACAUGGGCACCGGAACGGGCAUAUGGGCUAUGGAGUACUUGUCCCACCCAACUGCUCCUUCGAAUCACUUAGAACCCGGGGGAUAUUUUGAAGCUCAGGAUAUGAGGCUACCUCUCGAAUGUGACGAUGGAACCCUCAGAGAGGACUCAGAUCUGUGGAUCUGGAUGAGUCUGGUCAUGGAGGCCAUGGAAAAUCUCGGUCGACCGGUCGUUGCUGCGCAGCAGUGGAAGCCAUUUAUGGAAGAAGUCGGCUUUGAGGGUGUCGUCGAAGUAAACUACAAAUGGCCCAUCAACCGCUGGCCUCGCGAUAGGAAAUACAAGGAGCUUGGCACCUGGAGUCUCGCCAACAUGGACCAGGCCCUGGAGUCAUCUACUUUGGCUCCGCUGACUCGCGGUCUCGGUUGGUCCCGCGAGGAGGUUCUGGUACUCAUCAGCAAGGCCCGUAAGGUCUUACGCGACACCAAAGUGCAUGCCUACUGGCCAAUGUGA